AUGUUUGGUCUUGUCCAACUACCUUCAAGGCGCAAGCUUGCAAGCGAGCUCGACGAAUCAACCUGGAAGGGACAGUGGGGCUAUCCGCUACCAAAUGACCAGACCAAUGCGCUGGACAAGCAUCGAGACAUGCUUGGGGCCAUCUUGGAAGAGCAGGAGCGCCUGAUCCAAGCACGACACCUGGAUCAUCGUGAGGUCAAUGAAAAAUACGUGUCCAAAGGCAGCCAGUCCUACGUAGCAGCAAACCCUGAUGCCGGUGCCAAGGAUACCAACUUGAUGGACGAGAAUGCCGCCAAAAUGCGGCCCAGUUGGGCAGUUGAUGGUACAGAGCCGAAAGAUGCUACAGCCGGCGUGCCGUUGGAGAGAACGUUUGAUUUGACACUCACAUUAACUGGAGACUUUGUGGAUGAGCUGGCAAGAGGUUAUUCUCAGCCUUGGUUCCAAGAGCUUCUGAAGCUGUGCAGCGAAGAGUGUGGAGAGGAUCGAGAAAGGUUUAUUUGCCGUUUGCAAGACAUUGCCUUUGAGGUCCAACGACCCAUUCUGGAGAAUUGGGGCUUUGAAGGCAAUGAACAAGGCCUUUUUGAUAUGACAUCCAUCUUGCGGGAGCACUCAAGAACAGCUCCAAACUGGUUGCAAGAGAAGAUUGAUCGCUGUCUUCUAUUGUCACUUGACAUCAAAUUUCAGACUUUCUCAUCGCGUCUAGAUGCUCGGCACCCUGCUAAUGAAGAGAUUCAGCAUCUACACGCGAUCGUUGUGAUGCUUUAUUAA